AUGUCUACCAGAUACACCGACAAGCUUGAUAGCCAGCGCGUUCUGGUAAUCGGGGGCUCAACGGGUAUUGGCUUCGCCGUUGCCCAAGCAGCCCUCGAACACGGCGCACAUGUCAUUAUCAGCAGCUCCAACCAAUCCAAAAUCGAUGCUGCUAUCGAGCGUCUCGAAACUCACAUAAAGCACACUCACCUUCCAAUUAGGAAGAUCUCUGGCAAAGUCUGCAACCUCGCCAAACCGGAAACAAUCGAGGCCAAUGUCAAAGACUUACUCGAGUCUGCUUCUCAGGACGGAAAACUCGACCAUGUCGUCUUCACGGCUGGAGAUUUCAAUCCUUCGCCAAGUCUCGACUCAGCGACUGUCAGCGUCAUCUCCAAAAUCGGCAUGGUCCGGGUCAUGGGGGCUCUUUUUGUCGCAAAGCAUCUCUCGAGUUAUAUCAAUCAGACGAACCGCAGCUCGUUCACCAUCACGGGUACGACAACUGAUUCUCGUCCUGCUGGAGCGGGUUGGUCACUACUCAAAGCAGCAGCUGGUGGAAUUGAGCCGAUGACGCGUGCUUUGUGCAUUGAUCUUAAGCCUGUGCGAGUUAAUUGUGUUACGCCGGGUUUUGUGCAUACUGCGCUGUUUGAUGGGUUUCCGCAAGACGUUAGGGAUGUUAUUUUUCCUGCUAUGGAAAAGGAUUCGGUGGUAGGUAGGCUUGGGACUGCAGAGGAGUUGGCGGAAGCUUAUGUUUAUCUGAUGAAGUGUACUUUUGCGACUGGGUCGAUUGUUGUCGUCGAUGGAGGCAGGAUUGUUGCAGAUGCCAGGAGUCAGUGA